AUGAGCUGCAAUUCGACUCAGACCUCCGAAGAUUAUGUCUCUGAAAACAGGUCCGGCGUCGGCGGCGGCAUUUCUGAUGUUUACGGUGAGGAUAGCGCCACUCUGGAUCAGCUCGUCACCCCUUGGGUUACCUCCGUCGCUAGUGGCUAUACAUUGAUGCGUGACCCUCGUUACAACAAGGGACUUGCCUUCACUGAUAAAGAGAGAGAUGCUCAUUACAUAACCGGUCUUCUUCCUCCUGUAGUUUUAUCUCAAGAAGUUCAGGAGAAGAAGGUGAUGCACAAUCUCCGCCAGUACACGGUUCCUCUGCAGCGUUACGUGGCCCUCAUGGAUCUUCAGGAAAGAAACGAGAGAUUGUUUUACAAGCUUUUGAUUGACAAUGUGGAGGAACUGCUUCCGGUUGUGUACACUCCUACAGUGGGAGAGGCUUGCCAAAAGUAUGGGAGCAUUUACAGGAGGCCACAAGGGCUUUACAUCAGCUUGAAAGAGAAGGGGAAGAUUCUUGAAGUGUUGAAGAACUGGCCACAGAGAGGGAUUCAAGUUAUUGUUGUCACUGAUGGUGAGCGUAUUCUUGGUCUUGGAGAUCUUGGUUGCCAGGGAAUGGGAAUCCCUGUUGGGAAGCUUUCUCUUUACACAGCUUUGGGAGGAAUUCGUCCAUCAGCUUGCCUUCCAAUCACCAUUGAUGUGGGUACAAACAAUGAGAAGCUCCUUAAUGAUGAGUUUUACAUUGGCCUUAAACAGAAGAGGGCAACUGGAGAGGAAUAUGCAGAGUUUCUGCAUGAGUUCAUGUGUGCUGUUAAACAGAACUAUGGAGAAAAAAUCUUGGUUCAGUUUGAAGAUUUUGCAAACCACCAUGCGUUUGAGCUUCUCUCUAAGUACAGCUCCAGUCAUCUUGUUUUCAAUGAUGAUAUCCAAGGUACUGCCUCAGUGGUGCUUGCUGGUCUUAUUGCAGCUCAGAAAGUGCUUGGUAAAAGCCUAUCUGACCAUACAUUUUUGUUCUUGGGUGCCGGAGAGGCUGGAACCGGAAUCGCUGAGCUAAUUGCUCUUAAGAUUUCCAGAGAGACUGGAAAACCAAUUGAUGAGACCCGGAAGAAGAUCUGGCUUGUGGACUCCAAGGGGCUGAUUGUUAGCUCACGCAAAGAAUCACUUCAGCAUUUCAAGCAGCCAUGGGCGCAUGAGCAUGAGCCUGUCAAGGAGCUCUUAGGAGCUGUUAAUUCAAUCAAGCCAACAGUGCUCAUUGGAACUUCUGGUGUGGGCAAGACUUUCACAAAGGAAGUAGUGGAGGCCAUGGCCACCCUCAACAAGACGCCUUUGAUUCUUGCUCUCUCAAACCCAACUUCUCAAGCCGAGUGCACAGCGGAAGAAGCUUACACAUGGACUAAGGGUCGUGCAAUCUUUGGAAGUGGAAGCCCGUUUGACCCUGUUGAGUAUGAUGGCAAAACAUUCAUUCCUGGCCAGGCAAACAACUGCUACAUUUUCCCUGGUCUCGGUCUUGGUUUGAUCAUGUCUGGUGCCAUUCGUGUCCGUGAUGACAUGCUUCUAGCAGCUUCGGAAUCGUUGGCCUCGCAAGUGACGGAAGAGGACUUCGCCAAGGGACUGAUCUAUCCUCCUUUUGCAAACAUCAGAAAGAUCUCUGCUAACAUUGCAGCCAGUGUGGGAGCCAAAACCUAUGAACUCGGACUGGCAUCGAACCUGCCUCGUCCUAAGGACCUAGUGAAGAUGGCAGAGAGCUGCAUGUACAGUCCUGUCUACAGAAACUUCCGUUAA